UACAUUUUCAGUACGCAAAAGAAAGAGAGAAAGAAAGACACAGACGGCGAUAAGAUGGGUCUGAAUUCAUUCUUAAAAAGCCCCAAAAAGGAAGAACAACAAGUCCCAGAUAGCAAUAUAGUUUCCCACUUCAAUGGCAUCAAAAAUGUUGCUGAUAAGGAGGUUGAUAUUAUGGACGAUUUGGAGCGCAUUUUGGGCAUAAGCGAAGACGAAGAAAAGCUGACAAAGACGAAUAUUAAUGUGGGUCAACUCAAUUGGGAGUUCACGGAUAUUUGGGAUGAAUUUCGCAACGGCGAAGAGUAUCAGGAAGAGGAGGAAGAAGAAGAAGAUGAGAGAGACAUGAAGCUAUUUGACAAGGAAAUAACAAAGUGCUUCUUUGAAGAAGAAGGCUACUAUAACAGCAACAAUGGAAUUAUUAACGUAAAGAAAGAGCACGUUGGAUUUUGGGAUGAUGAUUAUAGGAGAGUUUCACUGAAUCUGAAUUUGAAUUAUCAAGAGGUUUUGGAUGCUUGGUCUAAUCGUGGUUCUCUUCGGGCGGAUGAUUAUUCUCUUUCAAUGGCAACAAAUGGCUGUAAUUAUAUGGGAGAGGUGCCGGUAAUGGAAGAGGAGAAAACAAGAAGGGAAGCAAGUGUUCUGAGGUACAAGGAGAAGCGCCAAACUAGAUUAUUCUCGAAGAAGAUAAGAUAUCAAGUUCGCAAACUCAAUGCAGAUAAAAGACCAAGACUCAAGGGUCGUUUUGUGAAGAGAGUUUCAUGAGAAGAUGGAUAGAUAUUUUCUUAAAAUUGGAUAAUGAGAAAUAUCUCUCAAAAUAUCUCAUUCUCCACCGACCGUACGUCGACUUUUCUAAUUUGCAAUAUAUGUGUUCUGAUGAAAAAUAUCUCUAGCUGCUAACAACGACAGACACUUUGUGGAA